AGCCUACUAUAUUUAAACGGCUGUCUUAGAGUAGAGGCAGUAUUAAGGCUUGUACUGUGGUUGGUUUUCUAGCUCUACAGGCAUUUCUAUCUUGUGUCUCUCCAGACCUGCAGGUAAAGUCCCUGUAGGCUCAAGUCUGUGUCAGGAAGGCAUGCAGAGUUUGGUCCAGGAUGAGUUGGAUGCUUUCCUAAGUCAGAGCAGUUACGUAACAUCACACCAACGCUGGAAUGCUUUGGAAGCAGCAAGGAGAUCAGCUGUGGAGCUUGCAGCAUUCUACCAGAUGGAGAGGAGGAAAGACAUACAUUUAAAGUAGGAAGCCCGCAGCAGGAACCUGAGCAGUGAUGGGUGUCACUAAACUGACUGAAUGUUGGCUCCUGGACCUAAAUGCUUCCAGAUAAGGAGAUGUAUUCAGCGCUGAGCAGGCACCAAAACAAGAGUGGGUUCAAGCCAAUUCCUGUGGUGAUCAUAGGGAAUGGACCUUCUGGAAUCUGUCUCUCGUAUUUGCUGUCGGGCUACACCCCUUACUUCAAAAGACAAUCUCUUCAUCCUCAUCCCAUUCUGCAGAGUAAACUAGAAGAGGCACCGGAUGUGUCCAUUUUGAACCAGGAUUUGGAGUAUCUGUCUGAAGGUUUAGAGGGACGAUCCAAUAGCCCCGUGGCUCUUCUGUUUGAUACCCUUCUGCGACCUGAUACAGACUUUGGUGUGACUGCAGAAUCUGUGCUCACUUGGUGGCACGAGACUGACAGAGCCAUCCCCCACCUGGUCCUUGGGAAGAACCCUCCAGGAGGUGCCUGGCAUUCUAUUGAGGGCUCUAUGAUUACCCUGAGCAGAGGGGAGUGGAUGGGACUCCCAGAUCUCCAGUUCAAAGACUGGCUAAAGCAAAAGAAAAGGGGCCUCAGAAACCAUAGAGCCACAGCAGAAGACAUUGCGCAAUACUACCAACAUUAUGUGAUGAAGAAAGGGCUGCAGAAGAACUUUAGAUGUGGGACUGUUGUAACCUCUGUGAGGAAAGUGAGUGCAAAGAGCAUCUCCCACCAUGCACAGAAAGAUCUACAGAAGAGUGACUCGUUCUGUAACUUCAGUGAGGAGAGUAUGGAGGUCUUUCAGGUGGAUGGAUUUGUCAAAACUGUCAAAGAUGUUAAGGAGCCCUUCACUGUCUAUGCAGAGAAUGUAGUCUUAGCUACAGGAACAUAUGAUAGUCCCUCUUGGCUCGGGGUCAAAGGAGAGAACCUUUCCUAUGUCCAUCACCAGCUCUCUGCCCUAGAGGAAGCAGUGAAGAACAACAGUAUUGGUAUCACAUCAGAUCCAGUCUUGAUUGUAGGUGCUGGUUUGACAGCUGCUGAUGCGAUUCUCUUUGCUCACCACUGCAGUAUUCCAGUAAUUCAUGUUUUUCGGAGACGAGUCAGUGAUCCAGGUCUUAUUUUUAACCAGCUGCCGAAAAUGAUGUACCCUGAAUACCACAAAGUCCAUCAGAUGAUGAAAGAACAGUCAGCUGCUUGUGCUGGGCCCUAUGAGUGUUAUGUUAGCCUACCUGAGCAUCAUGUACUGUCUUUUGGCAAGGACAAGAAAUGCAUCCUUCAAGACAAGAAUGGCUGCCAGAAAGCUUAUAAAAUUUCCAUGGCUCUUGUUCUAACUGGUUCAAAUCCCAACCUCUCCUUUCUGCCAAAUAACGGUGUUGACUUGGCAGUGGACAGUGACCAACCAGUCAAUCCCAAGAGGAAUCCCAUAGAUAUUGACCCAUUCACUUAUGAAUGUACUCAGGAGAAAGGGCUUUAUGCUCUAGGGCCUCUAGCUGGAGAUAACUUUGUACGCUUCGUGCAGGGAGGGGCUCUGGCUGCCGCCAGCUCCCUCUUAAAGAAGGCAAACAAAAAUCCUCCAUAACAAAAAAGUCCACCUAUGCUAACAAUGUCUGAAUGGGUUACUGCUGUUGUCACAGAGAAUCUGAUCUGUACAUCCUUAAAUGAGAAGCCCACUCUUGCCACUCUCCAAGAUUAUGCAGAGAGUUACUAAGUUCUUGCUGAGUUAUUUGGAAAGGUUACAUCACCAAACAGAGUGAAUUUCAUUCAUGGCAGUAACUUCAUUCCCUGGGUAUUCUGCUCCUUUUCUGCAUAGAUGUGUAUGUAGGCAGCAGGGGCAUUGAGCCUUCCUCCUGGAGAAGUGGAGGGCAGGCUAGCAAUUGCUCUUCUGUGUUAACACCUCCCAGGUUUCUGAAAAUUGAAUUCAGGAAGAAUUGAUGUCAAUUACUUCCAGACAGCAGGCUGACAACUCUGUGUCUGUCAAUCUUCCAGUGUUUGUGAUGAAGCAAAAUAAGCCAAUGUGGUUUUGAUUGCUCCUGUGGCUCAGAUGUAUGUUCUUAUUAGACAAGAACUCACUGGAAGAAGUGCAAAUAAAUUGGCACAGAAACACAGCAAAAAUGUAUUGCCUUUUUUGAAUAAAAGGAUAUAAUAUGUAUAUAAUAUAUAUAAUUAUAUAAUAUCCUUUUAUUCAAAAGUUUUCUGUAAUGUUUUUUUCUCAUUCUGGGAAGUGAUGAUACUGAUUUUUACAAACAUCCAGUUUACCAUCUUGCAGCUUUCUAACUGCUGAACUGCAAUGGCCAAGUUCUUGACAGCUGCUGUAGAGACAGCAGAGCUAAAUGGCAGCUGCUGAAGCUCUGCCCAGGUACUGAGUGGGGCUACUGCUGCUGCAGGGUGCUUCAGAGAAAAGCAAUAUGUCAUGUACUGUAGUGUGACAUUCUAAUGUAAUGUCUAAUAAUAAUGUGUAUUAAGGGGAAAUGGCACAGUUGCUUCUUGAUUGUUUAUGGUAAAUAGUGUGAUUAUUUUUUUUAUACUGGUUUUCUUAAGAAAUAUGUUUUUUAAUUGACAAAGCAUUUUGCUACAUGCUUUCAGUCAGGGUUUUGAAUGAGUUGGGAUGGAUGGGAAUGAUGCCUUGUGUUACCAACAGCAUUCCAAACAGACCUGCAAGGGGCCUUCUGUAGUUCUCUUAGGAAAAAACAAGAGUUAUAGCUAAUGUUAUUAAAACAAAAGGCAGUCUGGUCCCUGCCCUCUACUGAAGCUCACUGAUGUGACAGGAUGCUUCACAAAGCACUGGAAACCUGUAUGUGUGGCUCUGAAGUGAAUGAGCCUCCGGUUGUGCAGGGAGAUGUGUAAAGACCCUGUCUGCAGUGUUGCUGUAUCACACCUGGAUGCCUUUGCCACUGACUUCUAUGAAAUAUUUUUUCAAUAAAGAUAUUUCAGACUUA